CUCGUCUUCGUCACCGCGGAGGUGUCGCCGUGGAGCAAAACCGGCGGCCUCGGCGACGUCUGCGGCGCGCUCCCGGCGGCGCUCGCGGCCAGAGGGCACUCCGUCGUCGUCGUCGCGCCGCUCUACGAGCCGUACGACGACGUCCACGACACCGGGCACUCCGCGACGUUCGCGCUGAAUCACCGCGACGAGACGGUGCGCUAUCACGCGGCGCGACGCGACGGCGUGACGUACCUAUUCGUGAAGCAUCCCGCGCUCGAACGCGGCGGCGGCGCGAAGAUUUACGCGUCGGCGCCCGGGCGCCCGUACGACGACAACGACUUUCGGUUCGCGCUCUUGAGUUUGGCGGCGAUCGAGUCGCUGCUGUGCGUCCCGUGGGGCGACCUGUUCUUCGGCGGCGGCGAAGACGCGGAGGCGAGGCGACGGAACGCACGGUUCGACGCCGCGCCGGUGUUCGUCGCGAACGACUGGCACGCCGCGCUCGUGCCGGUGUUUCUCGCCGCGAGGUACCAGGCCGCGGCCGGGGAGGCGGUGCGACCGAGGCACUGGGCCCCGGAGGGCGCGCGAGCCGCCGUCGCGCGCGCGACGACGGUGACCAUCGUUCACAACCUCUUCCACCUCGGAAUCUUCCCGAGCCACCGGUACCGCAUGUUGGGUCUGCCCGAGGAGAACACGGAGUGGUUCCCCGCGCUUCGGUGGCGGUGGAACGACGGCGGCGAGAGCAUGAACUUUCUCAAGGCUGGGCUCGCGACGUCGCAGGCCGCGGUGCUGGUCUCGCCGUCGUACGCCAACGAGGUGCAGACGAACGAGCUCGGAUGCGGGAUGGAUAAGGUGUUGCGAAGCGUCGGCAACUUUGGCAGCGAGAUUGACCUCGGCGUGUUCAACGGCAUGAGCGGCAAGUUGAAAGGGAUCGUGAACGGGAUCGACGACGAGGAGUGGAACCCCGCGACGGACGCGCACCUCCCGCAAAAUUACGCGCUCGACGGCGACGCUUUCGAGGCGUUUUCUUACGCGCCGCACGACGAGAACCGAACCGUCGUCGACGCGCGACGCGGCAAGGCGGCGUGCAAGCUCAUGCUUCAGCGCGAGAUGGGAUUAGAGGAGGACCCGGACGCGCCUCUGGUUGGUUUCAUCGGGCGGCUGGACCAGCAGAAGGGCGUGGACGUGCUGUUGGAGUGCGUGGACGACGUCGUCGCGAACGGCGGGCAAGUCGUGAUGCUCGGCAGCGGCGACGAAAGCCUCGAGCGUUGGAUGUCGGAGAAGGAAGCGCAGCACAAGGGCAAGGUGUGCGCGUGGGUCGGGUUCUCCGUCCCGGUGUCGCACAGGAUCACCGCCGCAUCCGACGUCCUCGUGAUGCCGUCGCGGUUCGAGCCGUGCGGGCUGAACCAGAUGUACGCGUCGCGAUACGGCACGAUUCCCGUGGCGCACGCGACUGGGGGAUUGCGCGACACGGUGAAACGCGCGAUGGGUUACCCGUUCAGCCCGUGCGACGCGCGCGAGUUGAAGCGCGCGCUGCGACGCGCGUUCGCGUGCUACCGCGAGGACGUCGAGAAGACGCGGAAGAUCGCGGACGGCGGCGUCGCGGGCGCCGUCGACAGCCGGUGGGCGCAGAAGCGGCGGCGGGGGAUGGAAAAAGAUUGGUCGUGGGCCGUCGCCGCGGGCAAGUACGAGACGCUCUUCAAG